AUACAUUCUGUGUCCCCUGUGCCGAACGGGAACCGAUGCCUGUCUUUGCUUAGUGGUCAUUUAAAACAAUGAAGCGCAAGCAAAUUUCGUGACAUCACUCCAGAAUAAUUUUAAAAUAGCAAUUUAAGCCAAAAUUCCCUGAAGUUAAAAAAAAAUCUCAAAAAUGUACUCCUUAGUAGCAUUGUGUGGGAUUUUAACCUUUCAUUUCGGAUAUUCGAUGAUAGAGGAAAUGACAACGCCGGGGGAUAUAGAAGAUUGUUUCAAUGGAUACUACCGCAAAACGACUUUGCAGCGUAGCAUUGGUUCCAAAAUUUACUGGAAAUGUAUGCAGCGAGCGGCGUGCAACCGAGCCAUGUUGAAUCUGGGGAGCAACAUGACGCUGGAGGAGAGACACUACAUCGAGAGUCUGCUGCCCCCUCCAGAGGUUUUCUACGGGAACGGGGCUAAGGGUUUCCAUCCUAAUUCGGAACACAGAUGGAGAAAAGAAUAUCGAAUGAUGACGGAGAAAGAGAGGCAGGCCUACCAUUUUGCCGUCAACAAACUGAAAAGAUUGAGGCUCGGAACAUCAAACAGAUACGAUGUUAUAGCUGCUCUACACGAAGGCGCAAUUGUAAACGCAGCCCACGAGGGUCCUAACUUCAUGGGAUGGCAUAGGAUAUACCUCAUAGUAUAUGAAAACGCUUUACGGCAAAUUGUUCCGGGGGUAACGAUUCCUUACUUUGCCGGAGACCUUGACGAGCCUUUGCGAGAUUCGACCCAAUCUGUUCUAUUUUGUGAGAGAUUUUUCGGAAACGGAAAUGGCGUCGUUACAUCCGGACCGUAUGCAAACUGGUCUACGCCUUCCGGACCCCUUGUCAGAAACUAUGGAGAUGACGGUGAACUCUGGACAAGGGAGGGUUUACAAAGAAUUCUGAACAAAACACGGAACGCUGAGAUCAUUGCACCAAACGCUGAAGAAGAGGACAACUUAGAGGACCAACAUGGCGCAAUUCACAACUGGAUAGGGGGAGGAAACGGACAAAUAGGAGAGCUUCAGACCUCUUCUCAAGAUCCCGCUUUCUUCAGUCUCCACGCCUACGUGGAUUACAUUUGGGAAGAGUUCAGAAAAAGACAGGCCUCUCUAGGAAUCAAUCCAGCCAAAGACUAUCCGGUAGAUUACGGUCCGGAAGAACACCAUCCUCUGAGGUUGGCAGGAUUUGCUACUCUGCGUAAUAUUGACGGCUAUUCCCAUGGUUUGGCUAGCCUGGUGUCUUACAAACCCAAACCGACUUGCUCAAAAGAUAGACCGUUCUGUGGAUCCCCCUUUCUACGUUGCGAUAAAAAGAGCAACCCUCCACGGUGUGUUUCAAAAACCAUCGCUAGUUUUUACAGAAGUAAUGACCCCGACGAUGACAGUGAAUGUAACAGGACGAGAACAGACAACGCCGUUCAGAACCGCUUCAGCUGCAACGGUGCUCAAGACAUAAGGCAAUGGGUUUACAUCCCAGUAGAAAUCAUAUGCGUGCGUCCACCAGAGAAAAAGAUUUAUGGAUCAUAUCCCGUAUUCAACGGAAACCUGUAUCGACGGGGAGAUAUAUAUUCCCCUAAAACUUAUGGCAUUGAUGACGUAUUAAAAACAGACAUAUUAGCAAAAUAUUCACGAUGCAAAGACGAUACAGAUAGAAAUUCUGGUCGUGUGACAAUUCAGUCACGUGGUCUCAAUUAUAGGGGAACUUAUGCCGAAUUUGCUCUAAUGGAUACAAGAUUAGCGAUGGCAAACUCAAUGGCAUACGUGGCAGUCAAGAAUCCGGAACACGGGGUAUCCGAGGUCAUGUUAUCUGCACGCGACUCUUGUGGGAGAAUUUGCAAGGCAUAUUGUAAAAACAACGCGCCAGGAAGUUCAGAUUAUAGACCUUGUAAUGGCAUCAUACGAGUGACAUCACGAACUCCGAAACUGUAUGGGCGCCAUUAUGGUGAAAAUGUAUACGAUAUGUGGAACUUACCAUUAGGAGAAAACUGUCCAUCCAUUAAAAAAACACAAGUCUCAGUGAAAUUCUUCUGUGACUUUAAAAACGAAUGGCCAUGGCAUAGUGAGUUCGUUUUGCAACAAAAACAAAGGGGUCAUUUUCAUGGAAGAAGAGUCACUGGUAAUGGACCAGUACGGCAGAUGAUCAUGCCAUCAAUGGUGCGGGGGAUAGUACAAGAAAACCGCAUACCCAGCCUACAACAAGAAUUUAUCAGCGGGAACCGUAAGUUACCAGGUUGUUUCUUGGGACAUAACUGUCUGGUGCCUGGACCAUGUAAACCGUGCCAAAAUGGGCAGAAACUUCAGUGUCUCAACACUCAUAUCAGUUUUGCCGUCUGCAACAAUGGGGCCUAUGUAAUUCGUCAGUGCAUUGGACGAUCACAUAUAAAUGGUCAUUCGUUGAUGUGUAUGGGAGACGUAUUCAGAAAGCCGUUCCUGUACCGAUGAUGAAGAAGUUAUAACGAGAUUUUACGACACUCUAACCGGUUACCUUUAGAACGAAGUCCCGACGUCAAAAACAACCAGGCUGAUUACUUUGAUAAUCGAUUGUCUAUGUAACUCUCAUACAAGUUAUGUAGAUUUUGUUGGUCUUAUAAAGAAGUUACUGAGUAUUUACUGGGAUAGCAAGAGUAACUAGUAAACAAGCGUGGGUUCAGACUGGCCAUUUACUUGAGUUGGACGUACUUGUUUAAGAGAACCUUAUUUUAAACUUAUUCAAGCUAUGAUAUCAAGACUGAUUACUGAGUAUCAAAUAGUCAAAAACACAUUUAUGCCAGGUUUUUUUUUUUAAAUUGUGACAAACGUUGAACGUAUUAAUGAUGAUACCGGUCCUUUCGUUGUAUAUCCAUGCAUCAUUACCCUGCAUUUUUAAAAGACAUUCUAUCAGAACACAAUAUGACUUUUUAUGCGUAAAAAUGAUGGAGAGAAAAAGCGAUGAUAGAGAGAAAAAACUGAUAUACUUGCAAAUGGAAUGCAAAGGAUUUUUAAUCUUUAAACUUUAUUGUUGAGAAUAAAAAGAUAUAAACAAAUG